GCCAGAGCCGGAUGUUUCAAGAUGGCGGCUGCGGGUCUUCGGCUGACGGGGGAGGUCGUCGCUGCCCGUGGGUGCCUCUGAGGGGCCGUGCGGGGCUGACAGUGUGCAGGAAGGCAGGGCAGUGCCAGAAUAAACACCAGCAUUUGGCUUGGCUGCCAGUUGGUCAUGCAGCGUCCUCCACAGGCAGUUCCCACAGGGGCAAGUUGCCCACCACCUCUGGCAACAGCACCACGGAACACAUACUGGCGAAAUGGCCCAUUUGGCAGACAGGUGAAUGCACAGGCGUCGGUGGCAGCUGGUCCAGUGCAGCCUGUAACAGACCCAUUUGCCUUUGGCAGGCAAGCACUAAAAGGCUCUCUGUCGGGCAGUGUUCUGAAAGGCAAUCCAUCAGCUACACAAGGUUUUUCUCCAGUGACAUUUUCUCAAUCGGCUGCUAUUUAUCCUCUCUGCCAACAUACUGGGGACAGUUCUCUUGAACUGCAGCCUUCAUUACUAGCACCUGUCUCUCAGUCUGGAGCGAACAGCACAUUUUUUGAUAUCACAGCCCCUGUAUCUUCAGUACCUGCACAUGUUACAAAUAAAAGCCUUGGAACGCAUCCAAAUCUAGAACAUAAUGAACACAACCCUUCAGGACUUUCUCAUUCCAUGGAAAUCACCUGUGAAAAUUCUGUUGGUGGGCAACAGGGAUUGGUCUGUAUGCCAGAUAGGCCUCCAAGUGAGCAAAAUAUUGGCAGAAACCCCACCAACCCAUCCUUGCCAUUUUUCACUUUUGCUCAACAAACUGGGGCACAGUGGAAGCCUGCCCAAGAUACCUUGCAAGGUCAGACUUGUUCUCCCUGCCCAGAGCCACCCUCCCAAAAUGCAUUUUAUCCUGUUACUCAGUCUACCACCGGUGUUUCCCAUGCAACUCCACAUAUUGUCCCUCAGCAGAGCUCUCCACAGCAACCUGUUGUUCAAAAUGCCAUGCAGGUACCAUUGAUGUUUGAUGCAUCUAGCAUGACAUGCACUCAGAGCAGCACACAAAAUACCACUUGGCAGAGUAUGGGAAUGGCCAGUCCUUCUCAAGGACAGUUUUCUCAAGAACACUUUUAUUUACAACCACUUGAAUCAAGCUAUGAUACUGGUCAUUCCACCAUUCAGGAAAACAGCCCCUCAGCCCAAUCCCAAUAUGCUUCUGAAACCAGAAGCAGGCAGUGUUCAGCUGAUGCAGAUUCAGGGAGGAUUUCCAUGUUUUUCAAAGGAGAUGAGACUGAAAAUGAGGAGAUACUUUCAUCAGAAAAAAACAGUGAGGCUGGCAAAGCUGACUUUGAGGCCGGUCAGCAGACUGUAGGACAUACAUAUUACCAACCACUGCAUGUGCAGCGAACCUUGUCAGCUGUUUUCUCUCAAACACAGGCAUGUGGUAAUGUUUCCACUGAAACGGUGCAAAAAAGGACAGAUGUCCAGCAUUCACCUCGAACUAUAUGUCAGCCAUGUGACAUGCAGGGCAAUAAAAACAUGGCCUGUGUCCCCAAAAUCAAGGCUGGCCUUUCUGAAGUUCAUGACCAUAUUGGUAUACAGUAUGAAAAUGUUGAAAAUCUGGAGUGUAUUCAGAAUCAAGAAGUUUUGCCAAGCGAGGCACAGACCCAGAACUGCUCAUCACCAGGUGCAGCUUCUGAUUCAUGCAAAUAUGCCUCACUGGGGCCACUGCUUCCGAAGAACAGCAUUGCUAGCCAUGCAGAAGGAGGACCAAACCUUGAAGCACCGGAUUCAUUGCCUCAACCUGUCCGCCCUGAAAGCAGCUCUUCUAACUACAGCAAUUUGAGUCAUCGGAGUCUGUCUAGUUCCACACGGCCACGAGAGUUAGGCACCUUCAUUCAGCAAGAAAGUGGGAAGCCUGCUGAGGAUUCUGCAGCAGGUUUCUUUAAGCAGAUUGAUUCCUCUCCUUUGGAAGGAAAUGCAAGUGAACAGAACCAGACUAAAAAAUUCUGCAGCAGUCUUUCUCAGGCACCAACACCAAGUCCCCCCAAACCAAUGGGAGUAUUUCAGACAAGUGUAAACAGUUCAUUUGAGCCAGUCAGGUCUCAUGGGUUUGGAGUAAAACCCCUAGAGGUGGACCAGGCCAAGAUGGUGGUUGAGUUUAGGGAGAAUUGCCCAAACCAAAGGAUUACCAAGAAGAGUCCAGCCAUACCUGUCAUCUCCCCAGGUAACCUUGAACAGCCACCAGACAACUUGGAAACCAUUUUCAUGCCCCCUCAGUUCCAUUCUUUGCCUCUAACAGUUGCUUGUGAUGCUGGAAGUGGGUCUGUGGUGGAAAACAUACAGUUAGUACCUGAGAAGAAACCAUCGACCAGAGCUCAGGGGAUCACUAAAAAGUGUGAGAGCCCAGCCACAACACUGUGGGCACCCAAUGAAUUGCCUGACUUUGGGGGCAAUGUGCUUCUUGUCCCAGCUGCCCCUGCAGUGUAUGUACCAGCCAAGCAGACCAUUCAGGUGGUACAGCCACCUGAGGAAGGAUUACCUGGUCAGCAGCCUAGUAAACCUAGACUGGUCCCCCCUUCAUCACAGUCUGGAAGUGCAUCUGAAAACCUGGAAAAUCCUCCUAAAAUGGGGGACAAUGAGACCCCCCACUCACAGGCAAGCUCAGGCUAUGCCAGCCUCCUUUCUUCUCCACCUACUGAGGCUCUGCAAAACCAGCCUAUCUUGAUUGCACAGCCAAAUCAAAGCUACAGCUUGACACAGCCAGUUAACUUCUCUCUAGCAAAUCAUUUGAACAAGAAUGAAAAGAACCAUUUAGCCAAAGAUCCUGGAAUAAAUAAUAAGCUUUUGCUGGGUGUACACAGUAGCAGCAACCCUUCUGGAGACAACAUACCAUUAUUUACCUUGCAGUCCAGUCCUGUUUCUGCUUUAACCAAUCCUAAUUUAUUAAAAGACCCUCCUACCUCUUCUGAAUUAACUUUAAAUAAAUCUGUAAACUCUCUGGGACAGUCUGCCUCUCAAGUCCCACUCAGCUUGGGUUCCGAAGGUAUGCAGGCAGCCAGUUUAGAAGGGUUGCCUCCUGAAUUCACUAGGAAGUCUGAAAUGAACCCUUCUGGUUCCAGCAGGAACACAAGCGUGGUGUUGGCUUCUACAGCAGGUGCCACGGUGCCUCCUCAUGGCAAUCCUGCCAAAACUCAGAAUGGUUCCAGUGGUCCGGAGCCCACCAGAGCACUUGAUUUUACAGCAGCAAAGGCCCUGGAGCAGGGCAACAUGGGCAGUUGUACCCAAGUGCAAACUCAGCUGCUUUCUAGUGGCCUUGGAGUGCCUCAGCCAGCCUGUCUUGCUAGACAAAUGGAGCCUGAGAUAGAUGACCAGCAGCCUUUCUAUCCACAGGUAAUGCAAGAGAUGCAGCCUCUGGUGCCCUUGGAUAGAGCCACAUCCUCACAGCAGCAGCAAAUACAGACUGCUUCAGCAUCACAAGUAUUGCCGUCUAGGCAUUCUUCAGUUCCAGCAGGAAAUAGUCCUGCCCAGGCACCGAUCAACAAGUCUUGCUUGCGGGGUACCCUAGAGGAGAGUUCAGCAUAUCUGCCCACCAGCCAUGGUCAGGCUUCUGCUCACAACAGACAGGCCACAUUCAGCCAGCCUUUGAGUGCUGUAGCUACGACCAGCCUGCCUUCUCCCUUGACAUCUGUUGGUGGCAGCCAGCCAGCUGGGGUCCCCUCUCAGCAAGACCAGCAGCACCUUUCACCUUCUCAAACAGCAUCUGGUCCAUCAGCAAUCCCUUACUACUACUACAGACAUCCUUACGAUUCCUGUCCACCUCAGUAUCAACCACCUUACAUUGCUGCUGACCCAAGGACCACUCACCUAUACUAUCAGGAGGAUACCUAUGGGUGCUAUGACCGGGCUUUCUGGCAGUAUGACAAUGCAGCCUACAGGGAUCCUGGAAGCUAUCGAUACACGGAACCUGAACGGCCCAGUUCCAGAGCCAGCCACACCUCAGACAGGUCAUCUUCCAGACAGGGGUAUCCAGAUGACUAUUAUAACACCAAAGGUGGAUGGAGCAAUUACUAUGCUGAUUAUUAUGCAAAUCCAUAUGAUUAUGAAGAUCCAGGACGCUGGAACCGUUACCAGUCUACUUAUGAUGGCAGGCUCAGAGACUCCAGGGGCUUUGACCAGAGGCUCUGGUAUGACUUGGAACAGAAUUCUUUUCAGAAAAGAGAGGCAUAUCCAUAUGAAAACAGUCAUGAAGACCACUGGCGCUAUGACCCUCGUUUUGCUGGCAGCUUUGAGGAUGACCUGGACCCUCGCCGGGACCCCUAUGGGGAUGAAUUGGACCGGCGCAGCAUCCACAGUGAGCAUUCGGGCCACAGCCUCCGCAGUUCUCGUAGUGCUCACAGCCGCCAGAGCAGCUUCAGCUCUCGCUCUCAACAAAGCCAACUUUAUCGAAGCAAUCAUGACCUGACCACCAGUGCCUAUGAAGUUGCUAACCAGCCAGCCCCUCUCCAAGCUGAGUAUUCGUAUGGGGGGUACAGCAGCUUUGAAAGCCAGGCACCUUUUGUGGAAUACAGUUAUCUAGCCAAAUCCACUUGGCCAGCAGCUGAACAAGUUCCUUCAAGACCUCUGACACCUGAGAAAUUUUCUGUGCCUCACAUAUGUGCAAGAUUUGGCCCUGGAGGCUACCUAAUAAAGGUAUUACCAAACCUUCCCUCUGAGGGACAGCCUGCUUUGGUUGAGAUUUGCAGCAUGGAGGUGAUAUUGCAGCAUUCUUCAGAACAAGAGGAGAUGAGAGUAUUCCCUGGCCCGCUAACCAAAGAUGACACACACAAAGUAGAUGUUAUUAAUUUUGCUCAGAACAAAGCUAUGCGAUGCAGUCAGAAUGAAACUCUGAUUGACAGAGAGUCUGCACGGCUGCUCUGGGAUUUCAUUGUUCUUCUGUGUAGACAGAACGGGACAGUGGUAGGCACAGAUAUUGCAGAGCUACUUCUGCGGGAUCAUAAAACCGUAUGGCUCCCUGGGAAAUCACCCAAUGAGGCUAAUUUGAUUGACUUCACAAACGAGGUUCUGGAGCAGGUGGAAGAAGAGUCUGGGGAAGCUCAGCUCUCUUUCCUCACAGGCAGUCUCAUUGCCACAGUUGACAGCCUUGAGAAGGAGACGGAGAGAUUCAGGGAGCUUCUGCUUUACGGUCGUAAGAAGGAUGCUCUGGAAUCAGCCAUGAAGCAUGGGCUGUGGGGACAUGCUUUGUUACUUGCCAGUAAAAUGGACAGCAGAACUCAUGCAAGAGUGAUGACCAGAUUUGCCAACAGCCUUCCUAUUAAUGAUCCCCUACAAACUGUUUAUCAGCUCAUGUCUGGGAGAAUGCCUGCAGCUUCCACGUGCUGUGGAGAUGAGAAGUGGGGGGACUGGAGACCCCAUCUUGCAAUGGUACUGUCCAACUUGACUCAUAAUAUGGAUGUGGAAUUGAGGACGAUCACCACCAUGGGCGACACACUUGCUUCAAAAGGCCUCUUGGAUGCUGCUCACUUUUGCUACCUGAUGGCUCAAGUUGGAUUUGGAAUAUAUAUAAAGAAAACAGCCAAGCUGGUGCUGAUUGGCUCAAAUCACAGCUUAUCUUUUUUAAAGUUUGCCACCAACGAAGCCAUUCAAAGGACUGAAGCCUAUGAAUAUGCCCAGUCCCUGGGGACUCAGCCAUGCCACUUGCCCAAUUUCCAGGUUUUUAAGUUUAUCUAUGCUUGCCGAUUGGCUGAGAUGGGCCUUGCUGCACAAGCAUUCCAUUACUGCGAAGUGAUUUCCAAAGCUGUACUUCAGAGUCCUUGUGAUUAUUCUCCUGUCCUUAUCGGUCAGCUGAUCCAGAUAUCCUCACAGUUACGACUCUUUGACCCUCAGAUGAAGGAGAAACCAGAGCAGGAAUUAUUUGUUGAGCCAGGUUGGUUAGUGCAGCUUCGAAACUUAGAUGGACAGAUAAAGGAGGGUUCUAUAGCUUACAGCAUAGACCAAGCCACACCCCAGCAAUAUGUCUGCAGCACACCAAGCUCUGAACUGGACCAGAAUGAGGGAAUGGGAGCUGGUCAGGAAAAGAACAUGGGUCUUGGCAACCCAUUGUUGGCUCCCCUGUUGCCUGCAGUGACGCACCCCAUGCAGAGCAUCCAGCUGAUGCCUUCAGCACCUCCAAACGUGCUUGAAGGCCCAGCUGCCCUGGUGCCCCUUUCCCAGCCAGAGGCUCUUGGUGCUGCUCCAUCCUCCGUGGGACUAGGGCCUUCGUUUUCAAAUGUAUGUGGAGCUGAGCAGGCUGCGCUCGGCCACGGUGUGUCACCAGCACAGAUCAACCAGGAAGCAGCCUUACAGGGAACCACUCAUGAGCCUGUCUGGAAGGCUGGACCAGACCCCAGGGAUGAUGACUUCUAUGGAAAAAUGGAAAGCAUGGGCUCGGGCCGACAAUCCAGAUCUGCCUCCCAGUCUUCAGCCCACAUGGGCUUUGGGCGCCGAUCUCGGACUACCUCGGAAUCCUCUGUGCAUUCAAUAGGACAAGAGAGACCGAAUUCCUUGGCACAGCAGCCCACUCUAACCCGUCCACCGAUCCCUGAAGAGAAAGAAACCAGAAAAGAGCCAGCACCCCAGAAGAGAGGAACAUGGCUUGACUGGCUUAUGAGGAAAGGCAAGAAUGAAGCUCACCUUCCUGAUGAUAAGAACAAAUCGAUUGUUUGGGAUGAAAAGAAACAGCGGUGGGUCAACUUGGAUGAACCAGAAGAAGAGAGCAAGCCACUGCCUCCGCCUCCCACAAGCUUCCCUAAAACUCCUCAGGUGGGUUCCUCUGGACAAGGAGGUCCUCCCAGUGGCCCUGUCAACAUGUUCUCCAGGAGAGCAGCAGGAAACAGAGGACGCUAUGUUGACAUCUUAAACCCAAGUGGAGCCAAGCCAUCCAGUGCUGUCCCUGCUCCAUCUGACCUUUUUGCUCCAUUGGCCCCAAUGCCUAUUCCAGCAAAUGUGUUUGUACCACACUCUGCUCUGGAGGAGCAGCAGUCUUUGGAAAGCCAAGGGGUGGAAGAGCAGAUGGCAUCAGGGAACCAAACCAUGCCAGAAAUGGGCCAUGAACAUCCUUACUUAACUUCUGCUGUCCUGCCACCUGGCUCUGAGCUCUCUUCAUCCAAUCCAGAUGGCUCCCAGUUUGGAGAGCCACCUUUGGAAGGACUCCCAGCAGGAACAGUCCAGUUGUACAACCCUGCUCAGUUUGCACAGUCUGCUGCAGUUCCAGGAAGCUCAAGACUAGGUAGCAGAACUGGACAGAGAAAAUACCCCGUUUUAAAAUAGCGUACAGCAAAUUACUGCUUUGUGCGUGGAUAUUUGAAGAAUUACUCAAGAUCCCAUGGCACAUAGAAUCCAUUCUCAAUAGUGGGAGGAUGAUCAGUUUGUAUGAGUUGUCUGCUUAGAUAAAUUACCAAACACACCUGUUGUUCAGAAGCCAGAUAAGAGAGGGAGAAACCAACAAGCAUGUAAGGACUACAUUCAGUUUCUUACAAGAAUGGAAGGCGCCGGGUUGUUCCCCUCCCUUCAGCUUCCAUGACUGGGAUUUGGAGACUGCUCUUCAAUGGUUCGUUACAUAGUUUUAAAAAGUCCUUCCCUAUGUGUAGGGAAUACACGCAUCUCCUUUUAACAUUGCGGUUUGUGGCCUUACAGGGAUUGGGACACAAUUUUUAUGCUUAUAGACCACCAGCUGGGUUUUAUUAUUUUCCCAAAGCAUUAGGAUAUUUGGCUGAGAUCUUUUUCCUUGCACAUCGAUCCUUUUUCUACUUUUUCCUUUGGAGGAAAGCAUAGCUCAUCCAAAUAAACAGAGACAUAUAAUGAAUGGAAACAACAAAACUGUGAUUUGUAAUCUAAGAGUUAACUGGAAAUGGAUUUUCCUUGCAUAUGUCUAUAGUUUGUGUCUAGGCUCCUCGUUAAGUCAACUGUCUGGUCUGAAACAGCAGCUCUUUGUGCAGAAGGCAUUGCUGUCCUCUCAGAUGAGUCCUCUUGACGUGCAAUAUGGCUCCUUCUCCCUCUGUUAAAACUCCAGAAAACUAAGCAGGAAGUGGUAACAGCUGAAAAGCUUUCUUUUUUAAACUGUAGCAUGGGAGUCUGGUUUUCUGCCCUUCUGUUUCAAAUUUCUUCCAUUAUCACAGUGACUGAGGUCUUAACUAACAGGUGCACCUUUACUAAAUUUAAGUGGCUUCAGAUUCAGCAAGCCUCUCCAGUGGUUGACCUGAAAGUUCUCUCAGCUUUGUUCAGGAAACCCCUGAAACCUUCAUAUCUGCAUAAAAAAAGUGAGCAGCCCAGCAGGAGGGGAGACUAAAUAGCUGUGCAUUUGGUCAGUAUUACCCUGGCAGCCACUUCACUCAGAUACCAAUAAGACUGAAGGAUAGAAUGUUAAUGUGGGGGUCUUGUGAAUUGAUCCCUUAUUUGGGUCUAGAAAUCCUUAAGUAUGUUAUGAAGGGAUUGUGAUCAGGAGGAAUUAGUAACAAUCCUGCAGCGGCCUGUCACCAAGUCCUUCUCAGAUUCAUCUUUUCCCUUCUACAGAACAUUCUUUUUUCAGAUAUGUCUUUUCUGUCUGUGUAGACAGCCAAAUGUCCUUCAAGAAACUUCUUUGGAGCAAAGAGCCACUGUCUCUCCUAAAUGUUAGAUUGACAAUGUAAAUUCUUAAAUAAAAUAUUUUGCGCUCUGAA